AUGCUUUGCGUCAGGACUCUGACUUCAGUCUCCGCAGUGCGCCCCUCGUGGCGUCGCGCCUCCUCCUCCAGACCCCGGGGCGCCAGCGUGAUCAGCGCCCGUGCAUGGAACAGCUGGGACCAGCCUCAGCUCGAGCCGCCCGAGCGAUUCCAGUCCUUGUUUGCGGUGUCCCACCUCCCGCCCUCUGACAACCCCCUGACGGUCUACGACGCCAGAGACGCAAUCGAGGCGUGCACCGGGCUGUGGGGCGAGGAGCGGCAGGAGUGCCUGUCUGUGUUUGGCGUGGAUGCUGGGCGGGUGGACACUUUCUACAGCACAGUGUUCAGCCUGGAGAUGGCCCUCAGCCAGGACACAGACCCUGAGGAGGAGGCCUCACACGGCGGCCUGGAGCGCUGCUGA